AUGGCGGAAGAGGGAAGAUCUCAGUCGCUGCCGACGACCUCUGAACCCCAGGCCUUUCGAACAGCCGCAACACCAGAGCCCCAGACCGGGGGGCCCCUAGAGGCCUCCGAUACAGCUCGACGAGCUCUCCACCCCAGCAGCAGCAGCAAGCAGCAGAGGCAGCAGCAGCAGCAGCAGCAGCAGCAGCAGCAGCAGCGUUGGAGAGAGCGGCAGCAGCAGGAUGGAGGAGAGCAGUGCUACAGCAGCAGCAGCAGCAGCAGCAGCAGCAGCAACAGCAGCAACAGCAUCAACAGCAGCAGCAGCAUCGAAUUCCAGUUCCACCAGCGCAAACAACAACAGCAGCAGCAGCAGCAGCAGCAGCAGCAGCAGCAGCAGCAGCAGGAGGCGUCGCAGAGAUUCUCCUUCUUCCUCUUCUUCCUCAUCAACAUCAUCUGCUGCAGCUGA